CCAACACAACAAUGACUUAAAACUCCAAAAAUGCCACCACCACUUUUCCCUCUCUCUACUUCUCUUUAAAAAGCGAUUACAACGUACGUAACUACUCACAUCCACACCUCUCUCUCUCUCUCUCUCUCUCUCUCAUCAAUGGCGGUUAACAAGCACGAAGCAGACCUUGUAAAGCUCAACUGUUCCACUCAGAGCUAUGAUUGGGGCCGAAUUGGGUCCGAUUCACAAGUCGCCAGAUUGUUCGAGAGCAACUGUGGGGUUCGGAUUGAUGAAACGAAGCAUUACGCAGAGUUUUGGAUCGGAACUCAUGUUUCCGGACCCUCGGUUUUGCAACGGAUUGGUAAUGUGAGUUUGAAGGAUUGGAUUUUGCAAAAUCCUAAGGUUUUGGGUGAUGUUGUUGUUCACAAAUGGGGGAUUGAUCUUCCGUUUUUGCUUAAGGUCCUUUCGGUCGGGCGGUCACUGUCAAUACAGGCUCAUCCAGAUAAGGACUUGGCUGGGCUCCUUCACAAGUUGCAACCGAACACGUAUAAAGAUUCAAACCACAAACCUGAAAUGGCUUUGGCAUUAACCGAUUUUGAGGCCUUAUGCGGGUUCAUAAGUUCAGAGGAACUUGAUGUUGUGCUCGAAAGUGUUCCAGAGAUUAAAGAAGUGGUUGGCAAUGAAUGUGUUGACCAAAUCUUAACCGUCAACCAACACAAUGGUGAAGUCAAAGAAGCCCGAGUUCUUCGGUCAAUAUUCACUAAACUCAUGUCCGUCAACCACGAGGUUAUAUCCAAAGCACUGUCCGGAUUGAUUAAUCGUCUAUCAAUAGAAAAUAAGAUAAGGCAGUUAACUAGUAAAGAAGAACUAGUGUUGAAGCUUGAGAAACAGUACCCGAAUGAUGUUGGUGUCUUAGCCGCGCUUCUUCUUAACCAUGUGAAACUCGAGCCCAGUGAUGCUUUAUACAUAGCAGCAAACGAGCCUCAUGCAUAUUUAAAAGGCGAGUGCAUCGAGUGCAUGGCAGCUUCAGACAAUGUGGUCCGUGCCGGCCUCACUCCAAAAUACAUAGAUGUAAAAGUCCUAUGCUCCAUGCUCACUUACAAACAGGGGUUACCCGAAAUCUUGAAAGGGGUACCUUUGAAUCAGUAUGUGAGACGAUACACUCCGCCUUUUGAGGAAUUCGAGGUUGACCAAUGUGUGCUUGACCAAGGUGCUUCAGUUGUAUUUCCUGCCCUUCCGGGCCCAUCCGUUUUUGUGGUUAUUUCAGGAGAAGGGUCGAUGCUGACAUCGUCGUGUGAAGAAAGCGUGUCGGAGGGGGCUGCAUUGUUUGCACCUGCAGGGACUGAGGUCCGUGUUAGCACGGAUUCGGAGUUGCGGUUUUAUAGAGCUGGAGUGAAUAACAAGGUGCUUUUGAACCCUUGAUUUGAUGAGGUUAUAAGAUUGGGGGGGGGGGUAGUAGUUUGUGUGCAUCUAUGUGAUUGGGUGUGUAUAUGGUCUAAUAGUUAUACAAUAAUUAUAUGCUAAUUGUUAUAUGAUUCCAUUAUUUUAUACAAUUAAAUAAUAAUUUACAUAUUGUUUUGGAUUUUA